AUGGCAGCCCAGGACACGAUGAGUCCGAUCCAUUGCAAAGCCCAAAAGCUGCCACCACUCACACCUGGCAGCGUCCCCAUCGUCGGAACUUUCAGUAUCCAACCGAGUCCCAAUCGUACAGAAGCUGCAGCUGCUAUGAUGCAUCUACUUACAGGCAAUACCAACCAAGAGAAUAAAAUGUGUGCAGCUUUUAAGCCUAAAGCAAAGUCGAGAUACGUACGUAGAGCUCCGAAAAAGGUGGGGACGUCAGCGAAGAGACAGAUUAAAACAGCGUGGAUGGACGCGGACACAGCGGGAAUGGGACAUAUUCCAGUCAAAAUCGAUGCCGAUCAAGGUUCAAAGAUGUUGAAAGAGGGCGAGAGAAGCGCCAAGAACGAGGACUUGAGAAUGGAUGGGAACAAAGUCACGUUCUUUCCUUUUCGAGAGUACAAUCGGAAGGAAAAGUCGCUUGGACUGCUUUGUGAAAAUUUUCUCAAGCUGCACUGCGAUAACAAAAUCUCAGAAAUCUGUCUUGAUCGAGCAGCUACAGAGCUGGGGGUUGAGAGAAGGCGGAUCUAUGAUAUUGUAAAUAUUCUAGAGAGUAUUCACCUUGUGAGUCGAAAGAGUAAGAACCUGUACAAUUGGCACGGAUUAGUAGCACUUCCAACAUCCGUUAACGAGAUGAAGCAACGAUAUGCUGAAGUACAACAAUCGUUACCAACUGGUUCGAGUAAAACAGAGUGUCCACCUUUUAGAAGUGACAGACGGAGAGGCAAAUCACUAUCAAAGUUGAGUCAAAUGUUUGUCCAGCUCUUCUUGGAAAAGGAGGACUGCAUAAUCCCGCUGGAUCAAGCUGCCAAGCAGCUCAUUCAAAUGGAAGACAGCGAAAAUGUAGAGGAUCGUCUUUUGAAAACCAAAAUUCGCCGACUGUACGACGUAGCCAAUGUCUUGGUUAGCGUUGGGUUGAUCGAAAAGUUGCAGCUAUCCAGCUCCCGAAAGCCUUUAUUUCGGUGGAAAACGCGUAGCACAGCAUCAAUCCCUACGACACCAAAAGCUAGUGCGUGCAACGUUAAUGGAGAUGAGACCAAGCCUUCCCAGCCUCUUACCGACGCCGCUGAUUACGUGAAGACCGAAGUGAUGUCUUCCUGUGUCGAAGGUGACAAUACUGACGCCAUGAAAUCUCCUGAGACGUGCAAUAGUGACAUGUCUGACGAUAGCAGUGACUCUCAAUCCGAUGCCAGUAGCUGCGGCUCGAAGCGAAAGCAAAACGAUCAAGGUCGGAGUGACGUAAAAACCAUGCCGGACAGCGAGUCAUUAACCAAGCGUAACCGGCCUAGCGAAGGACAAGAGGACAUGGACAUUGUCUCUAUUCCAACAAUUGGUGAGAAAAGCUUGGGCUUGCUUCGAAUGGAUGCAAAUGAUGAACCCAUUCAUCCCCAGACCAUUUUCCGUGAACAGCAAGAACAAGUGAAGCUCUACAUGCAGCAGUACAUUCAUGAGUACGUCAAUUUCUUGGCUGAACACGAGAGACUGCCGAUUUUCAACGACGGAGCAGAAAGAAGAGACAAUUUGACGACUGCCUCUGCUUUCAAAACUGAAGCUAUUGCUGCCAUCUCAAAAGACAUUCAUGGUACCCCCGUGAGUCUUCCGUCUCUUGCUGGAAGUAUCCAAGAUUUGCUUUUGUCAGAGUCAAGUCCUCAAUCUGUAGCCGAGUUCCUUGCAGCUCAACCUUCGACCACCCCGGACCCACCCAUCACGACCGUUUCUGGUACUCGGAAGUAG